CUUGAUCAUGAGUUACACUUGGGGUCAAGUGAGCCAUCGACGGCGUGUUGAACACAGAGAACACUCAGUUGUAGAACAGUUUAUUACUGAAAUUGCAUAUUCUACGAUCUCAAGACUUAGGAAACAGGACAUUAACUCGUAGACACGAACUGCCCCAGUUUUUAUUUGCUUUGGAAAUUUAAGGAGCACAAGGCCUUUCGUUGACCACCAUGACAAGUCGAGGUCUCUUCCUUCUCUGUCUCCUUGGAGCGCAGAUCCUAGCAAGUGUGGUGUCUUUAACCAUGGACGAAAUUAUAUCAAACGCGGCACAAACAACAAGUGAAUUCGCUUUCUUCCAGUCUGUAGACAGCGAAAAACCGUCGGUGAAAGUGGAACUGGAUAUGAUCUUCACAGCCGAGCAGUGGGAAGAAAUUCAGCGACUAAACGCCACCAGCACAUCCAAUAGCAGAAGAAAUAAAAGGAAAGCAAUCCGCUCAAACGAUUACAGAUGGGAUGACGAUGUGAUACCCUACAAAAUUGCAUCUUACGUUUUCUCAUCUAGCGAGGAAAGAGAAAUUCAGAAGGCCUUGGAUGAAUGGCAGCAAUACACUUGCCUCAGCUUCAGACGUGCCCGGUCGACAGAUCGCAACUUCAUUCUCUUUGAUAACGGCGACGGCUGUUUUUCCAAUGUCGGCAUGAUUGGAGGCUCUCAAGUAAUAGGUCUUGCCAGAGGCUGUCGCACGAAAGGUGUGAUCGUGCACGAGGUGGGUCACGCGGUGGGUUUUCAGCACGAGCAGACGAGGCCGGACCGCGAUGACUACGUUGAGAUCAUCAGGGCGAACAUCCCGCCCAACCUCUACUACAACUUCGAGAAGUAUACGACAUCUUUUGUCAACGUCUUUGGUAUCCCCUACGACUAUGAGAGUGUCAUGCACUAUGGUGCCAAGGCAUUCUCGGUAACUGGAGGAGACACGAUACGAACGAAGAACCCUAAGUACCAGAGUGUCAUCGGCAACAGAAGUGGUUUGAGUUUCCUGGACAUAAAGAUGGCCAAUCUUAUGUACACCUGUAGCCAAAAAGCUAACUGUCGAGACAUCAGGUGCCCGAGUGAAGGAUUUUUGGACAAAAACUGCAAGUGCAUGUGUCGUGGGAACCCAGUUCGUGAAUGCUACGGUGUCACACCUGGACCCGACAUUGGAAAAACAACUGAAACUGUAACAAGAUCAGGAACAGGAAGUGUGACUAGACCAACCACUGGUUUAUGCGAGGAUAAGUAUAACUCCUGUCAAAUCUGGGCAAAGAAAGAGGAGUGUAGCAGCUCGACCUUCAUGAUGACCUACUGCAAGAAAUCUUGUCAGAAAUGUACUGAUGGUGGCCAGAACAAAAUCUGUGUCAACAUGCACAGGUACUGUGAGGACUGGCGUAAGUUGGGACACUGUACAGGCAGGUACCAACUGUACAUGCGCAGUAACUGUCCCUAAGGCCUGUGGACUCUGUGUAGCCAGAGACCAACAGGCUUCAUCUGCAGCCCCCACCAGCACGUCUCACACAGACGAAGUCAGUGACCAGUACUCAUCCGCUUGCACCCCUUCCCAAAGUGCUGCCAUCUGCUUGCUGUUUAUUGUAGCUUUUUUCCUACGUGUAUGAAACACAGACUGGCUAUCUGCCCUCUAUUGUCAUGGUGCCCCGUAAUCCAAGUCUUAGUUAAAGAAGAUAAAGAGUCUGCCACUUAAUCUACUAAGACAUUUUACAGCAGACCUGUCUUUAACUAUGGCUGUCGAGUAAGCUUGGAGGAGGAGAGACAACUUGAUACCAAAAAGAGCAUUCGACAAAUAUUAUGUAGUAAUAUAUUAAUGUAAUGGGCUCCAUGAGCCAGUCAAAUUGUCAUUGUUUCAUAUAGACUUGUCGGAUUUUUUAAAACGGGUUAAGCUGUGCAUAUUUGUAUCAUCUACAUAAUUUAAUGGGAUGAGCUAUAUAGGCUUUUCUUGGGGUCUUAUUGUGAAAAGGAAAGCUGGACUUUCCAUGUGACAAUCAGUGAAAAGGUAACUUUAAUUAUUGGCCCAGACCUCAGACAGCUGUUAAAUAGUAGACUUAACUGUACAUUAGUGUGUGUGUGUUAGUGUGCUUGUGAAUGCAUAUGUAGUAGUUUCUUUGUUUACUCAGUAUUAUUUAAAGACAAUUGUCAAAGCUUGUCUGGAAUGUCUCACUUCUACUGCAUGUUGUGGUAAUUUGGCAUUUCUUCAUUUUAGCUUUGCUGUUACAUUACCUAACAUUGUGAUUAUUGUUGUGCUUUUUUGUUCAGACUAUCACAAGUGAGAUUUCAAAGUUCAUGGUAACUAACACAUGCUUUGGUGUCAAGAAAUUAAGUGAAGAAUAUUUUGACAGAAAAAAUAUUGUUCAUGUCCAUACUUUUAGCAUUUUUGUAAGACUGAUAUUUUUAUCCAAAAUGAUAUUUUGCCUGCAUAUUGUAACGGAAUAGAUGGUUGCACUGACUGUAUUGAGGAAACAGAAAGAGUUAUGAGAGGAGUGGCAUUGAAGCCAAGAGAUGUGCCAGUUCAAUAUCUGUGUAGCACAGCACACUUCCUCCCUGCAGUCAGCCCAGCUGUCAGAAAUGGGUACCUGACUCUUAAAGGUCUGUGGAAGAUAAGGCAGUGAGGAAGAGGAGAUGGGCACCACCCUAACAUGAAGCUGGCCCUGAGAAAAGUGAGGUCUCUAACACUUCACUCUCCAACUACAUGUACAUGAAAAAGGUCAAGGGAUGACCUUUACCUUGCUGAUUAUGUUGAUCAUUCUGACAAGAAAAAUACUGACAAUAAAUAAUGAACCUGACUUAUAAAUACUUAAUGACUUUGCACUGAAGAAUCUAGUGUUCUACAUGAUUGACUCCUAUGCACUACUACUCACAUAAAAAAUAUAACUCAUCAAAUCUAUCAUUCUUUGAAUAAUGAUGUCAAAGAUUAUUAAAACGCUUACUAAUGAUGCAUGAUUCAUAACUAGUGAAUGCCCAAGACUGUGGUACAUACACAAAUUCACACCCCCAAAAAAAUGUGACACUGAUUAUCAACGAUCUAUAAUUUGCAUUCCCUUUGAUCAGUUGUCAAAUAACAGUAAGGCUGUCACUUAACUUUUAAUGCCUUUUUGCCAUUUAUCUGAGUUUUGACACAGACCAAAAAUCAAAUAUAGGACAAGAAUUGAUUUGUAUGAUGCAUUUGAUACCUACUGAUAUCUGUGUGCUUAUGAUGCAACUUCAUUUAUGUAAGUGCCUUGAACUUUCCUUUAUUAUAAUUUCAUUUUUAUGAAAGCAUACACUAGCACGCACAGCAUGAGGUUAACAAUAAACUGUAUAUCAUGGUAAUUCCAUAAGAUUACUGUUAUGCAACACAUAAUGAUGUUUCAGUCAACAAAAGAUCACAUCUAUGAUAUUGCAAUUGUUGAGUAUGUAUGCCUGCCCUUGUGAGCGAAGAAAAAUUUCUGUCCUGGGUAUCCUCGACAGACAAUAAAGU